CAGUGAUGUUCUUUGAUAAUCUUCAUAAUGUCUCCCUCCAGUGGAGACUUUGGGUAACACUAUCCAAUCAGACGCUGCCUCCUGGGUCAGAUGACCAAAACACGGAAGUGGCGACGAACGUGGAAUGUCAGCGUGCAGAAUCUCCAAAUAGCGACUUAAAAAACAAAUUAAAGAUGCAUCUAAUUCCAGUUGUGUUGUGGAUUUGACAUUUUAUCCCAUUCUUGUAACGACCCUGCUUUUCUGCCUGUCUUUGUGAAGAUGGCAAAGGUUUUCCGGAGUCCAGCACGUCAUGGUUAUGCUGUGGAAGUCUCUCCAUUCAUCCCAAACAGAGUUUCCUGUGCUGCCUCCCAGUAUUAUGGAAUAGCCGGUUGUGGCACACUGUUGGUCUUGGAGAAUAACCCAACAGGGAUUUCACUAGUACAAAGUUGGGAGUGGAGUGAUGGUUUGUUCGAUGUGUCCUGGAGUGAGUCUAAUGAACAUGUUUUAGUGGCUGGAGGUGGAGAUGGAAGUUUACAGCUCUGGGAUUCGACCAAUCACAGUGCUCCGCUCAGGGUGGCCAAAGAACACACACAGGAGGUGUACGCUGUGGACUGGAGUCAGACCAGAGGAGAAAACCUUAUAGUUUCUGCGUCUUGGGACCAAACAGCUAAAGUGUGGGACCCUGGUCUUACAUGUUUGUCUACUCUCCGAGGUCACGAAGGGGUCAUCUACAGCGCCAUCUGGUCACCGCAUAUCCCAGGAUGCUUUGCAACUGCCUCAGGUGAUGGCACUCUGAGAAUAUGGGACGUGAAGAGCGCUCUCUGUCGAUUGGCUGUUCCUGCUCACAAGGCAGAAAUACUGAGCUGUGAUUGGUGCAAAUAUGACCAGAACCUUUUGGCCACAGGCUCAGUGGACUGCAGUAUUCGAAUUUGGGAUUUGAGAAAUGUUCGUCAACCUGUGAGUCAACUACAGGGGCAUAACUACGCCAUCAGAAGACUCAAGUUUUCUCCCUUCAUGAAAACUCUACUGGCAUCCUGCUCUUAUGACUUUACUGUGAGAUUCUGGGAUUUCAGCCUUCCCCAGCCUCUCCUGGAGACUGUGGAGCAUCACUCAGAGUUUGUGUGUGGACUGGACUUUAACCUGCACAUCCCCAAUCAGGUGGUGGACUGCGCGUGGGAUGAGACAGUGAAGAUCUACACACCUGUUGGUCUACCUGCUGUCAGCGUUUAACAUUAGAACAUUGAAAACCAACACUUGAUAUUCCAGUAUUGUAAUAAUAAAUCCAUGAGUUCUUCUUGGUACCUCUGCAAUGUCUGCCAAUGAGCAGAGUAAUGUACUUUAAAUUCAGACUUGAAUAGAAGAUCUUUGUCAAGCUUAUAUGCUAAUUUCACAGUGAGUUUGCCUUCAAUCUCCAUGUCACUAUGUGGUUUAUCGUUACUAAUUUAAUGUCAGUUGUGACUAAUGCUGUUUGUAUGUUUGAAUAUCACAUGUGUGUAAUGUAGAUAAGACGUUUCAUUUCAGCACACAGACUGCAGUGCCUUCAAAUAAAAUCUGUUUGACUGGG